CACGCAGAACCAUUUACAAUAGUUCUACGGAAAAAAUGAAACAAGUCUACUUUCUUGUUGCUGUCUUGGCUUUGGCAUCCUCCCUUGCCUCUGCUUAUGACCCCAGUCCUCUGCAGGAUUUUUGUGUGGCAAUCAAUGAAACUGAUGGAGGUAUGUUAUUUGUGAACGGAAAAUUCUGCAAAGAUCCCAAGCUUGUUAAAGCUGAAGAUUUCUUCAUACAUGUGGAACCUGGGAACACUGCCAACCCAUUGGGCUCACAAGUAACUCCGGUCUUUGUGGAUCAACUACCAGGAUUAAAUACACUCGGCAUAUCUUUGGCUCGCAUAGAUUUUGCACCCAAGGGUUUGAACCCUCCCCACACACACCCUCGUGGCACAGAGAUUCUUAUAGUCCUUGAAGGUACUCUUUAUGUUGGAUUUGUCACAUCAAAUCAGGACAAUAAUCGUCUCUUUACCAAAGUGUUGAACAAGGGCGACGUCUUUGUGUUUCCAAUUGGCCUCAUCCAUUUUCAACUGAAUGUGGGAUAUGGCAAUGCUGUUGCGAUUUCUGGUCUUAGCAGUCAAAAUCCAGGAACUAUAAUUAUUGCAAAUGCUUUGUUUAAAGCUAAUCCACCUAUUUCUCCUGAAGUUCUUUCCAAAGCUUUUCAAGUCGACAAGAAAGUAAUUGAUCAGCUUCAGAAGAAUUCCUGGUACGACAACAACUAAUUUCGGAAC